GAAUUUUUGACAAACCUUGAUUGACAUUUAUUUUGUUUAUUAUUUGUUGGGAUUUGUAAAUAAGUUGAUGAAUUAAGCUUAAAUAUUUAUUAGAAAUGUAGAAUACGUUGAAUAUAACCUCACGGCGAGCUGUGUGGUUAUCGAUCUUUUCGAUUUUUGGUAAUACCAUACACAUAAAGUUAUGAUAAAAUUAAUCCAAGAUGUCGGAUGAGGAGGUGACGGUGGAGACCUCUGAUGGACAGAUCCUGUCCGCGGAGUACAAAGAUGGUCAGCUGCAGAUAGUGGAGGUGACUCCGUUUGAAAAAGAUCGGGUAAAUCUACAGGGUAGCAUCCUGCCCGACCUGACGGAUGGAGAGGAGAAUGAAGCGAAGUACAUGCAGGUGCUGGACGCCAGCGGCAAGGGGCUCGUGCAUUUAGAUCUGCUCAAUUUGACGCUGGUCAGGUGUCAAGAUGGCGAGGAGGGCUACCAGUUGGUUGCGAACGCGGCGCCCUCUGACGGGGAGAUGUCGUCCGACGCCACCGUCACGUGCGUGCUGCAGACUAGCGAUACUGAAGACCCGGACAACCAGGACUCGUACGUGAUGGUGGAGAACGAGGAUGGGCAGAACUCUCUAGUCAUACUCAAGUCCAGCCUGCAGCAGUCCGCUGCCCUCCAGAAGCGAACUGAGGAUAAGAAGCCAUUGUCACCGACAGAGAUAUUGGAGAAGGCGAAAUCUUUACAAAAGGCUAAAGCGCUGGUAUCGUCCCGCGGCCGAGGUCGCGGCCGCAAGCGGAAGAGUGACCUCCCUCCCCCCCACGAGCUGCUGGCCUCCCCCAACUUCAAGCUGUACCUGUACUCCUGCAAGCUGUGCAACUUCAAGUGCAACGCUGUCAAGGAUAUGUCUGCGCAUAAGGCCCGCGAGCACACGGUGGGCGGGUCCCGCGGGCGCGCGGGGUCGGGGCGCGGCGCCGCCGUCACGCUGCAGUGCGCGCGCUGCCCAUACCGCGCCGCCACGCACUCACAGCUAAUGAAACAUGUACAAGAAAAACAUCUAGAGAAUCACACGGUACAUUUACACACGGAGGAAGUGGAAGCGGCCGACGUGCUAGUGUGUGGCGCGUGCGGGUUCGAAUCCGGCUCGAGGUCCGUGUUCCGGAAACACAUUGAGGAGGAACAUGGUGCCACUACGUGUUGAAGAUACAUCUCAUCAUUUAAAAAGAAAAAAGAGUUAAAAAAUCGUCGAAUGUUGUAGUUCCAAGCUAGUGACAAUGUUGUAUUAAAGUUAGGUCUCAUCUAGACUACCUAUUAGUGCCUAUCUUAGGUCCUAAGUCUAUAGGACUAUUUCCUUAAUAUAAUGAAAUAUAUCAUCAUACUUUAUUAUGUAAUUUGCUAGUUUACAUUGUAAAAUAGAUUGAUAUUAUAUGUAGUACAUAUAGGGUGACUGGUAAUUAGUGAACGAUAUUUAAACACGUGAUUGUACUCAUGAUUACAAACAACUUUCCCAAAGAAACUUUUUGUAUACUCAUAAGU